GGGAAGCUGCGCGAGGCUGGGAGGUCGCGGCCACAUCCUCCCCUUCCUCCGGGUCCCAGAGAGGCGAGCUGGGCCAGGAUCGAGCUGAGGGCUCCGAGGGCGUGGGCGGAGCGGGGUACAGAGCCAUGGCGCACCAGACCGGCAUCCACGCCACCGAGGAACUGAAGGAGUUUUUUGCCAAGGCCCGGGCUGGCUCUGUCCGACUGAUCAAAGUUGUCAUCGAGGACGAGCAGCUCGUGCUGGGUGCCUCACGGGAGCCAGUGGGCUGCUGGGACAAGGACUAUGAUGGGGCCGUACUGCCGCUGCUGGAUGCCCAGCAGCCCUGCUACCUGCUCUACCGCCUGGACUCGAAGAACGCCCAGGGCUUCGAGUGGCUUUUUCUUGCCUGGUCGCCUGAUAAUUCCCCCGUUCGGCUGAAGAUGCUGUACGCAGCCACAAGGGCCACAGUGAAGAAGGAGUUUGGAGGUGGCUACAUUAAAGAUGAACUCUUCGGGACUGUAAAGGAUGACCUCUCCUUUGCCGGCUACCAGAAACACUUGUCAUCCUGUGCGGCACCUGCCCCUCUGACGUCGGCUGAGAGAGAGCUUCAGCAGAUCCGUAUUAACGAGGUAAAGACUGAGAUCAGUGUGGAGAGCAAGCACCAGACUCUGCAGGGCCUGGCCUUCCCCCUGCAACCCGAGGCCCAGCGGGCACUUCAGCAGCUCAAGCAGAAGAUGAUCAACUACAUCCAGCUGAAGCUGGACCUGGAGCGGGAGACAAUUGAACUGGUACACACAGAGCCCACAGAUGUGUCCCAGCUGCCCUCACGGGUGCCCCGAGAUGCUGCCCGCUACCACUUUUUCCUCUACAAGCACACCCAUGAAGGCGACCGUCUUGAGUCCGUGGUGUUCAUCUACUCCAUGCCGGGGUACAAGUGCAGCAUCAAGGAGCGCAUGCUGUACUCCAGCUGCAAGAGCCGCCUCCUGGACUCAGUGGAGCAGGACUUCCAGCUGGAGAUCAUUAAGAAGGGCCCCUGCUGCAGGGCCCUGCACCCCUUGGCUCUCCUGGUACAGGUGGUGGUGCCGGCUGUGGUCCUGGCUCUGGGCACCCUCCCUGCCUUCCUGCCCUGUGAGCUGCAGUCACACGGCAAGGUCAACUGCGACUGGCUGUUCCUGAAGUCUGUGCCCCACUUCUCAGCGGCAGCACCCCGUGGCAAUGUCACCAGCCUUUCCUUGCGUUCCAACCGCAUCCACCACCUGCAUGACUCUGACUUUAUCCACCUGCCUAACCUGCGGCAUCUCGACCUCAAGUGGAACUGCCCACCGGUGGGCCUCAGCCCCAUGCACUUCCCCUGCCACAUGACCAUUGAACCCAAGACCUUCCUGGCCAUGUCCACCCUGGAGGACCUGAACCUGAGCUACAACGGCAUCACCACUGUGCCCCCGCUGCCCAGCUCCCUGGUGUCACUGUCCCUGAGUCGCACCAGCAUCCUGACUCUAGACCCCACCCACCUCAAGGGACUGCAUGCCCUGCGCUUCCUAUACAUGGAUGGCAACUGCUAUUACAAGAAUCCCUGCCAGGGGUCAGUGGAGGUGACCCCAGGCGCCCUCCUUGAACUGGGCAACCUCACCCACCUGUCACUCAAGUACAACAACCUCACGGCGGUGCCCCGCAGCCUGCCUCCCAGCCUGGAGUCCCUACUGUUGUCCUACAACCACAUCGUCACUCUGGGCCCUCAGGACCUGGCCAAUCUGACAGCCCUUCGUGUGCUUGAUGUGGGUGGGAACUGCCGGCGCUGUGACCAUGCCCGCAACCCCUGCAUUGAAUGCCCAAAGGGCUUCCCCCGGCUGCAUCCCGACACUUUCAGCCACCUGAGCCACCUCCAAGGUUUGGUGUUGAAGGACAGUUCUCUCUUCAGCCUGAACAAUGCCUGGUUCCACGGCCUGGACAACCUCACAGUGCUAGAUCUGAGUGAGAACUUCCUGUACGACUGCAUCACCAAAACGACGGCCUUCAGUGGUCUGGCCCAGUUGCGCAAGCUCAACCUGUCCUUCAAUUACCACAAGAAGGUAUCCUUCGCCCACCUGCAGCUGGCACCCUCCUUUGGGAGACUGGUUUCCCUGCAGACACUGGAUAUGCAUGGCAUCUUCUUCCGCUCUCUGAACAGUAAAACGCUCGAGCCACUGACCAAACUGCCCAUCCUCCAGGAACUGCAUCUGCAGAUGAACUUCAUCAACCAGGCCCAGCUCAGCAUCUUUGGGACCUUCCCGAGCCUGAGCUUUGUGGGCCUGUCAGACAACCGCAUCAGCGGAGCUGGGAAGCCAGAGGCCACCAUGGACCAGGCAAACGAUGGGAAGAAGGUUUGGCUGCUGUCCAGAGACCUCUCUUCACUAGGAUGGGACAACCCCAACCCUGGGGAGUUCAUGCCUAGCUGCAAAACCCUCAACUUCACUUUGGAUCUGUCACGGAACAACCUGGUGACCAUCCAGCCAGAGAUGUUCUCCCGUCUCUCCCGCCUGCAGUGCCUGUGCCUGAGCCACAACAGCAUCUCACAGGCGGUCAAUGGGUCCCAGUUUGUGCCACUGACCAACCUGCGUGUGCUCGACCUGUCCUACAACAAGCUGGAUCUGUACCACGGGCGCUCCUUCACAGAGCUGCCGAGACUGGAAGCCCUGGACCUCAGCUACAACAGCCAGCCUUUCAGCAUGCAGGGCGUGGGCCAUAACCUCAGCUUUGUGGCCCGGCUGACUGCCUUGCGCUACCUCAGCCUGGCACACAAUGGCAUCCACAGCCGUGUGUCCCAGGAACUCCGCAGCACCUCUCUGUGGGCCCUGGAUUUCAGCGGCAAUGACCUGAACCGCAUGUGGGCUGAGGGAGACCUCUAUCUCCACUUCUUCCGAGGCCUGAGAGUCCUGGUCCGGUUGGAUCUGUCCCAGAAUCGCUUGCAUACCCUCCUGUCAUGCAACCUGGACAACCUUCCCAAGAACCUACGACAGCUGUGGCUCCGUAACAAUUUUCUGGCUUUCUUCAAUUGGAGCAGCCUGGCCCUCCUGCCGAACCUGGAAGCCCUGGACCUAUCAGGAAACCAGCUGAAGGCCCUGGCCAAUGGGACCUUACCUGCCGGCACCCGGCUCCAGAGGCUGGACCUCAGCAGCAACAGCAUUAGCUUCGUGGUCCCUGGCUUCUUUGCUCCAGCCCAGGGUCUGCGAGAGCUCAACCUCAGUGACAAUGCCCUCAGGACGGUGGAGCCCUCCUGGUUUGGUUCCCUAGCGGUCGCCCUGAAAAUCCUAGAUGUGAGCGCCAACCCGCUGCACUGUGCCUGUGGGGCGGCCUUUGUGGACUUCCUGCUGGACGUGCAGGCAGCUGUGCCUGGGCUGCCCAACCGCAUCAAGUGCGGCAGUCCAGGCCAGCUCCAGGACCUCAGCAUCUUUGCACAGGACCUGCGCCUCUGCCUGGACGAGUCGCUCUCCUGGCACUGUUUCGGCUUCUCGCUGCUGGCAGUGGCCCUGGGCCUGACCGGGCCCAUGCUGCACCACCUCUGUGGCUGGGACCUCUGGUACUGCUUCCACCUGUGCUUGGCCUGGCUGCCCCGGCGUGGGCGGCGGCGGGGCGCAGAUGCCCUGGCCUACGAUGCCUUUGUGGUCUUCGACAAGGCGCAGAGCGCAGUAGCUGACUGGGUGUACAACGAGCUAAGGGGGAGGCUAGAGGAGGGCCGUGGGCGCCGGGCCCUGCGCCUGUGUCUGGAGGAGCGUGACUGGCUACCUGGCAAAACCCUCUUUGAGAAUCUGUGGGACUCAAUCUAUCGCAGUCACAAGACGCUAUUUGUGCUAGCCCACACUGACCGGGUCAGCAGCCUCUUGCGGGCCAGCUUCCUGCUGGCCCAACAGCGCCUGCUGGAGGACCGCAAGGACGUGGUGGUGCUGGUGAUCCUGCGUCCUGAGGAUGCUUACCGCUCCCGCUACGUGCGACUGCGCCAGCGCCUCUGCCGGCAGAGCGUGCUCCUUUGGCCUCACCGUCCUAGUGGUCAGGGCACCUUCUGGGCCCAGCUGGGCAUGGCCUUGACCAGGGACAACCGCCACUUCUACAACCAGAACUUCUGCCGGGGCCCUACUACAGCCUAAUAGCUAAGCGACUGCCCAGCACUGCCCAACUCCCAGCCCCCAACUUGCCUCCCCUGCUCCCUGCAUACCACAGCCACUCAAUAAAUGCUACUAGCAUGCCACACUGCUAACCCUGAGCAAAUAGGAGGUGUUAUUGGAGGAAGGAAGGAGAAAGGAGAAAAGGUGAUGGGGAGAAAUUGCCAUGGAGAAAAGCAGAGGAGCCACAGGAUGCAGGGCUUCCCAAGGGAGAAGUUACUGUGGUCACACCCAUCCUCGCAGGGCAGUCUGCUGAAGGUCUUGGUCCUUCCCACAGAGCAGACUGGGUCUCCUGGCCCUUGUCCUCCCUGCCCCAGGCCAUGCCAGGCAGCCCUGCUAAGGCUGACUCUGCACAUUUCUGUUGGCUUCAGGAUCUGUCUCCUUCACUUGCUGGACUGAAAAUGUCUCGAGACCAGAGAACUUGGCUUCCUUCAUUUUUGCCUCUUGGCUCAGCCCCCUGCAAAGCUCCUGAGAGACAGCAGCAGCCCUGGGGAAUGUUCAUCUCAAGUGGGUGGGAGAAAGCUCUGCGGCAACGUCAGAGGGGAAAUUGCGCCCUCUGGUGGCCAUUCAUGUGCUGCUGCACCCAAGAGGCUGCUCAGAUGAGGGAGAUGAAGGCUUGCGGGUAUAUGUUGGGGUCAGGGAGUUGGGAACACAGAAGAUUCUAGAGGGAGCCCAGGACCUAUCCCUUCCACCUAGAAUGCUGGUCUCUGUUCUGACAUCAAUGGGACACCUAGGUUGAGGUGCUGCCUGUAGCCACCUACGGUGGCUACAACGGUAGGGCCCCCCCUUUCAUGACCCUGCCUCACUACUGAUUACACUUAGGUGGGAAAUGUAGUCACAUCUACUAGAAUGGAGUAUGUGUGAGUGUUUCUGGUUUUAAUAUCCACUGUAGAUGAUGAGACGCUGCUGGGAGCCCCCAUGACCAGUUUUGGAGGUAGCCUGCUUAGGUCCACAUUCAACGAGUAUGUGGGGAGUUGUGGCUUGUGUCAGGCCUGGAGCCUGGAGGUGCUUUGCUUGGAUCAAUUGCCUACACCACCCCACCACCAAACUUACCCUUUGAGGAGCAGGGGAGCCAAGGGCAGCCUGACAGUUGGAGCUAUGGCCUGGGGCAGCAGGAAAGUGGAUGCCACUUAGCUGGCCAGGCCAGUUUGGGACCAGCUCCUUUGCUCAGGGUUGGAGCUGGCAACAGACUAGUCUAAUCUUGCAGCCUGAUUGUGGGCAGAUCUGGAGGUGGGGGGGUAAGGGGGGAGACUGCCCUCCCUUGAGGAUUCAGCUGGGAGAGAAGUAUAGAGAAGUAUAGGCCGCCUUCCUCUUUCUGAUUUGGACACAGUGCCUUCUGCGGUGGGCCCCUGUUAAUUGUUUGCCUGAAAGAAAGACAGACCAGAUGGCAGUUAUCUGUCCCACAGUCAAAAGGCCUGGGCAGGCCCUGGACUGAUCUGAGAGGGCUGGCUUAGUUCUGAAGGAGCAGGCUGAGGCAAUGCUUGGCCCCAUGAAGUUCCUUGGCCUGUACUUAGGGAGAAAAGAAAACAAAAACUGUACUUCCCCAGGCUGGAAUCUCGGGGAGGCCCCUUAUGAGUGGUUCUCAGACUGUUCCAACACACCCAGAAACAGCUGCCAGAGGCAGGGCCCUGAUGGGGAUGGCAUUUUGCAGGAAGGAAGCACAGUUUGUCUGUCUUUCAGAACAGCAUGGUCUGCCUCAAGCAGUUCCCAGCCUCUCCACUUCCCACCCACCCACUUGUGCUCACAGUGCUGGUUCUGUGGGGGCUGCAUUGUGGAGAUGAAGCCUGGGACUAUGGUAUUAUCGUCCUAAUCGGGUCCUUUCGCUUGCCCUCAGACUCUGAACCACGAGAUUGUUUCCACACAGGAAGCUUUUUAUUAGCUAGUGGCACCACAUUGGGAGAAUAGCAGAGUUUGUACUCAGGAAAAGACUGUCUGCCCGCUUGUGUCGAAUGAGGGAAGAUUGUAUGGAAAGAAAGGAAUGUGGGGACACACAGGGCAGGGAGGCAGUUUAUUUUCAGGUGGGGGAGGGCACCAGGCAGUCUAGGGGCAGUCAAUCGCUAGGUGGUUGAUGAAAUUUCUGAAAUCUAUGUUCUCUUCCUUGUCAUCAGUUUAAAAUGAUCUGUGGGUGUUCGUCAAGCAUCAAUGCUAUCAGGAUGCUCGGAAGGCACAGAAAUAUUUUGCUAAGUAUUGAGCAACCCAUUACCGUGGCCCCGAGGAAUACAGUACAGUGGCUUCUCCGGCAGGGGUCAUGCCAUUAUCCUUGGCUCAGGCCUGACCACAAGCCUCAGAAGACUCUCGGGCUCCAUUUAAAUGAACUGGGGUCUAGGUACUUGGUUCAGGCUGCAGGGACAAGCUCUACCGCUGUCUGUGGGCUUCAGAAGGGGCUGAGCCCCACUAACCCAGGUUCUGCUGGGGGUGGUAGGAAAUGGUUUCGGCGGGGCUGGGUGGGGACACCUCCUACUAACUGUGGUCCAGAAGGAUGCUCGUGAUGGACUCCAGCCCUCUUGCUUGUGCUGGAAUUCUGAGACCAUGAACUCUGCUGGAAACAUAGUUCUGCAAGGCCAGGGACGAGAAGGCUCAGGUGACAUUACAUGGGGUAGUAGUCAACUUGGUCAUGUGGGCAGGUGACCGCCCCUUUGGAGGCUAAGUUUGUUCAUCCGUAAAUAGGAAUGGUCAGAGAUCCUGCCACUGUUACCAGGAUUUGUGGUAUUAUGUGCAAAGGGCUGAGAAACCUGGAAGGUACUCGGUUGUCAUUAUUAGGUAAGGGGAUUUAUGCUCAGGACAAACAGCUGAUGUGGCUUCGAUAUUUUAUCUCUCCGCGCAGAAACUAAUCUGUGAGCCAGGGAACCGUGAAGAGCACAUUGAACAGGGUGCAGAGGCAGCCAUGGCUGAAUCAGAAGUGCAUGAAGUGGGGAACAGGACUAGGGCCCCUGGGAAAGCUCCCGGUGUUAUUUCUCGUGCUUUGUUGCUACCGGAUGGCAGAGGGAUGGGCACAAGACUCAGGAGAACCUGACUGAGGGAAGCACAAAUGGUAGAAAAUCCUACUGACUAAGGUUUCAACUUCAACUCACUGUUUCCCUCUGGGACACUUUAAUGCCCUAGGUUUCUAAAUAUUCUUGUAAAACUGCCAUGACAUGGUGCAGUUUUUUCUUAAUAGACGUCAAGUAAUCUCAUUUUGAAGCAGUUCACAAAUCCCAUCCACUUCUGGCAGAUCAUUCUAUUCUUUGCCUCCUAACCCGAGGAGACAGAAGUGAAAAGUGUAGCUAAUGCCCUGUUGGCCCCGCUGGCUCUGAGUCUCCUGAGAAGGAAAAGCCGAGGGAGUUCCAGGCGUGGGGAUGGGAGGGGCCGUGGAGAGCCCUGCGAGCUGGCAGGAGCAGAGCUGGGCAAGCAGAGUGAGUCUGUUUCCUGGGCAGUGGGAACCCUGUGGGGUUCCCGGGCGACUCCCACACACCCCGGGGCCUGCCUGGAUGUGUGACUUUAUCUGAGGGGGUCACGCCGGUCCUGGUAAGGACGCAUGUGCCCCUGCCGGUCUCCUGGAGGAUGUGCUGGCACAACCCAGACAGAACAGAGCACAAAGGGAGUGGGGAGGCGAGGGGACUCUGUCCUCCACCUGCAUGUUUCUUCUUCAGCUCGUAUGGUCUUUCUAGUAAAGCAAACUGGGAGGUUAUCGUUGGUCCCUGCAUAGAGUGAAGAUUUGUGUCCCCUCAAAUUUCACGUUUAAGCCCUAACCCCAACAUGACAGUAUUUGGAAGUUACAGACAUACCUUGUUUAAUUGUGCUUUUUACACAUCGAAGGUCCGCGGCAAAAACGAAGGGUUUCUAUAGAGUUGGCAGGUGGCCAGCAUUUUAGAAGAAAGGUAUAUACAUGUUGUGGUUGGUUAGACAUGACCCCAUUGCACAGUUAAGGAACUACAGUGUAAACAUAGCUUUCAUAUGCAUUGGGAAACCAAAACAUUUGUGUGAUUAUUUUACUGCGAUAUUUGCUUUAUUGUGGUGGUCUGGAAUCAACCUGAAAUGUCUCUGAGGUGUGCCUGUAAUCAGAUUAAGAUGAAGCCAUGAGGGCCUCCCCAGUGGC